GGCCCGGCCCGGCCCGGCCCCGGCGCCUCAUUGUGCUUCGCCUCACGCCGGCCCAAGAUGGCGGCGGCGCCCGAGAGCCCCGCGAGCCGCCAACGACAAUAGAGGGAGGGACGGGACCCGCCGCCCCCCCGGCACCGGCCGCCCCUCCCCGCCGCUCCCGCCGCCCCCCGCCCGCCGCACCGCGCCCACGCCCCCGGCCCGGCCCGGCCGCCGCACCCCGCCCCGGCCGGCCCCUCUAGCAUGGUGCGGGGCCGCCGCCGCCUCGUCCUCCGGCUGCCGACAUGGGCGAGAGGCUGGAGCUGCGGCUGAAGUCGCCCGUGGGAGCCGAGCCCGCCGUCUACCCCUGGCCGCUGCCCGUCUACGACAAACACCACGAUGCUGCUCAUGAAAUUAUUGAGACAAUUCGGUGGGUCUGUGAAGAAAUCCCAGAUCUCAAGCUUGCCAUGGAAAACUAUGUUUUAAUUGACUAUGAUACAAAAAGCUUUGAGAGCAUGCAGAGACUGUGUGACAAAUACAACCGAGCCAUUGACAGCAUCCACCAGCUGUGGAAGGGGACGACGCAGCCCAUGAAGCUGAACACGCGCCCGUCCAACGGGCUGCUGCGGCACAUCCUGCAGCAGGUGUACAACCACUCGGUCACCGACCCCGAGAAACUCAACAACUACGAGCCCUUCUCCCCCGAGGUGUACGGGGAGACCUCCUUCGACCUGGUGGCCCAGAUGAUCGACGAGAUUAAAAUGACAGAGGACGACUUGUUCGUGGACCUGGGCAGUGGUGUGGGGCAGGUGGUGCUUCAAGUGGCUGCAGCCACAAACUGCAAACAUCACUAUGGAGUGGAGAAGGCUGAUAUCCCAGCCAAGUAUGCUGAGACGAUGGACAGAGAGUUCAGAAAAUGGAUGAAGUGGUAUGGGAAGAAACAUGCAGAAUACACACUGGAAAGAGGUGACUUCCUCUCAGAAGAAUGGAGAGAGAGGAUUGCAAACACAAGUGUUAUUUUUGUGAAUAACUUUGCCUUUGGGCCAGAGGUGGAUCACCAGCUGAAGGAGCGCUUUGCCAACAUGAAGGAAGGUGGGAGAAUUGUGUCCUCAAAACCUUUUGCACCUCUAAAUUUUAGAAUUAACAGUCGAAACUUGAGUGAUAUUGGCACUAUCAUGAGGGUUGUGGAGCUGUCACCACUGAAGGGCUCCGUGUCCUGGACGGGGAAACCAGUCUCCUACUACCUGCACACGAUUGACAGAACCAUACUUGAAAACUAUUUUUCUAGUCUCAAAAAUCCAAAACUCAGGGAGGAACAAGAGGCAGCUAGACGUCGUCAACAAAGAGAAAACAAGAGUAACACAACGACCCCAACGAAGAUCCAAGAAAACAAGGAUUCUGGUGCUGAAGAUGAAAAAGCUGCAGCAAAUUCUGUUAAAAAGCCAUCUCCCUCCAAGGCCAGGAAGAAAAAGCUGAGUAAGAAAGGCAGGAAAAUGGCAGGGAGGAAACGAGGGCGCCCCAAGAAAAUGAACACAGCAAGUACUGAACGCAAGACCAAGAAGAACCAAACUGCACUAGAACUUCUGCAUGCUCAGACUGUCUCCCAGACAUCUUCAUCCUCUCCUCAGGAUGCCUACAAGUCACCUCAUAGCCCAUAUUACCAACUACCUCCUAAAGUGCAAAGGCAUUCGUCCAACCAGCUCCUGGUCACACCCACCCCCCCUGCACUACAGAAGCUGCUAGACUCAUUUAAGAUCCAGUACAUGCAGUUCAUGGCAUACAUGAAAACUCCUCAGUACAAAGCAAGUCUGCAACAGUUGCUGGAGCAGGAAAAGGAGAAGAAUGCUCAGCUGCUGGGGACAGCCCAGCAGUUAUUCAGCCACUGCCAGGCCCAGAAAGAGGAAAUCAAGCGCCUGUUCCAGCAGAAGCUCGAUGAGCUGGGAGUCAAAGCUCUGACGUACAAUGACCUGAUCCAGGCUCAGAAGGAAAUCUCUGCUCACAACCAGCAGCUGAAAGAACAGACUAAACAGCUGGAGAAGGACAACAGUGAACUCAGGAACCAGAGCUUGCAGCUGCUGAAGGCUCGCUGUGAAGAACUGAAGCUGGAUUGGUCAACACUGUCACUGGAGAAUUUGCUGAAAGAGAAGCAGGCCUUGAAGAAUCAGAUUUCUGAGAAGCAAAAGCACUGUUUGGAACUGCAGAUCAGCAUCGUGGAACUUGAGAAGAGUCAGCGGCAGCAGGAGCUGCUGCAGCUCAAGUCCUACACACCCUCAGAGGAGCCCCUGCCAGUGCAGCUGCACAGCAAAAGCCACCUGAGCCGUGACCCUGAGGCUGAGCAGGGCAGGUUCCAGCUGGAGCUGGAGUGCUCCAAGUUCCCCAUGCCCCACAUCAAUGGCAUGAGCCCCGAGCUGUCCAUCAACGGCCACGCCACCCCCUACGAGCUGCAGCACGCCUUCAGCCGGCCCUCCUCCAAGCAGAACACCCCCCAGUACCCCAACUCCCACCUGGAGCAGGACAUUGUGCCCUGCACCCCCAGCCACAGCAGCAGGCAGAAGGCAGACAAGGUGGCCAGCCUGUCCCUCCCUGAUUACACCAGGUUCUCCCCUGCCAAAAUCGCCCUGCGCAGACACUUGAACCAGGACCACGGAGUCAAUGGGAGGGCAACAGGCAGUGAGAUACACAGAGCUGAGCAUGUCAAAGAGAAUGGCCUUACAUAUCCAAGCCCUGGAAUUGCAAAUGGAAUAAAGCUGAGUCCUCAGGAAACUCGGCCCUCCUCCCCCACAGCCUUACCCAGUGCAGGAGAGAAGGUUUUGAGAGAGAGAACCUCUGUGAGUAAUGGAGAAACUAUCACCAGCCUCCCUAUCAGCAUUCCUCUGAGCACAGUGCAGCCCAAUAAACUCCCUGUUAGUAUCCCUCUGGCCAGCGUAGUGCUACCUAGCCGUGUUGAGAAGGUGAGAAGCACACCCAGCCCAGUUCACCAGAGCAGAGACUCAUCAACACUUGAAAAGCAGAUUGGUGCUAGUUCUCAUAAUGGCAUAAGCAAUGCUGCUGGAAACAAGCCUCUGGCUUUGGCUACCUCAGGUUUUUCUUACUCUUCUGGCUCCGUGGCAGUCAAUGGAAAUCUUACAAACAGCCCAGCCCAUCUUAACCAUAGUGUUGAUCAGGCAGCUCUGGACGACUCUGGGAGUCUCUUUAACUCUGUAGGGUCUCGGAGUUCCACUCCACAGCAUCCUUUGCUAAUGAUGAGGAACUCUGGGCAGAACUCCCCUGCUCAGCAGCACUCCAGCCCCCGCUUAAGUGGCCCGGCCCAGAGCCUGGCAGGGGGACUGCAGGGUGCAGAGGCUCAGAAGAUCUUUGCCGAAGGAACAAAGGGGGACCCGCAGUGUGAUGCAGCGUUUUCAGAUCCUGAGAACGAGGCCAAGAGGAGAAUCAUCUUUACAAUCUCUCCUAAUACAGGACAUGUAAAACAAUCCCCUUGCAGCAAGCACAGCCCCGUGGCCGGCCAGGCCCACGCGCAGGACGGGAAGAAGCGGGGCCGGCGGAAGAGAUCCUGCGCCGGGGCCCCGGGCGCGAGCGGCGCCGCCUCCCCCAAGCGCAAAGCCCUGCCCUCGGUGGCCGGGCUCUUCACACAGCCCUCGGGCUCUCCCCUCAGCAUCAGCUCCAUGGACAAUGACCAGCCCCCAGUGCUGAAAAAGGAGAAGCCCCUGGUUCAGAGCAACGGUGUCCAUUACUCUCCCCUGACAUCUGACGACGAGCAGGGCUCUGAGGAUGAGCACAAUAGCAGCAGAAUUGAGAGGAAAAUUGCAACAAUAUCAUUGGAAAGCAAAUCUCCACAGAAGACUGUUGAAAAUGGUGGCAGCUUAUCAGGGAGGAAACAAGCACAAAGCAACGAGAACAUGAACAGCAGCAAAUGGAAAUCGACUUUUUCACCGAUCUCUGACAUCAACCUGACCAAAACCUCCGACAGCCCCUUGCAGGCGGCGUCAGCUCUGAGCCAGAACUCCCUGUUUGCCUUCAGGCCACCCUCUGAGGAUGGGCUGCCCAUGGACAGCAAGGUGCCAGGACACCCCAGGAAGAGCCUGGCAGUGCCCUCGGACGGGCUGAGCCCUGGCACCAACCCCCCCAACGGCUUCACCUACAACGGGGGCCUGGGCUCCGAGCUGGGGCUGCACGGCUUCAUGGACAAGGCUGCGGACGGGACGGGACAGAGCUGCUCCCUGGCCUUCCCCUCGCAGCGAAACAAGGAGCUGGCAGGCUCAGACACCAACCUGUUCCUCAACAAGAGGCAGCUGGAAGGUCUGGGCAGCAAGGGAGAAGAGCUGAGCCGGCCAGGGGCGAAGGGCAAGGAGCUCAGCACGGGGGGGUCUGCAGAGAAAAACUCUGUGCAGCACAACGGGAAGGUCGGCAAGGGAAGGGACCGAGAUGUGGAGUUUAAAAACGGCCACAACCUUUUCAUUUCUGCUGCUGUUUCGUCUGGUGGCCUUCUGAAUGGUAAAAGCCUUCCCACUGCUGUUUCCUCAGCAGGGACCCCGGCAGUCCCCACCCACCAUCCUUUCCUCAACACUCUGACCACUGGAUCGCAGUUCCCCCUCGGCCCCAUGGCCUUGCAAGCAAACCUCAACUCGGUGACAAAUUCCUCAGUAUUGCAGUCCUUAUUUAAUUCAAUGCCAGCUGCUGCCAGUCUGGUCCACGUGUCAUCAGCUGCAACCAGACUGACUAAUUCUCACACUAUGGGGAACUUCUCUCCUGGGGUUACAGGUGGAACAGUUGGAGGUAGGCAGAACUCUUUCUCUGGUAUAAGACAGGGCUUAAAGGAAAGUCUGACACUGCCUCUCCAGGGGUGAAACCCUUUCAUUUCUACAGGAUACGAAGCAGAUCUGUCUCACAUAACCAGUCUCCUCUCUCUCUCUCUCUUUCUCUCUCUUGGAAUUGCUAGGAUGAUUUCAGUUCCCCACAGUGAAAUCUCAUGAGCUUUGUCUGCUAGAUGAGCUUGUUGUACCACCCUAAUGAAACAAUACACCCAGACUUUGUGAUUGAUAAUGUUUGCUUGUUCAGAUGUUGCUGUGUUGGAACCAACUUAGGUCUGCCUGCAGGUAACAGAUUUGACUUGUCCUGUACCAUGUUAAGGAUCUCUAACUUGUCAACUUGAGUAAAGGUUGAGGUUAGGCCUUGAAUGGAUUUAGCAUGAUCCAGGAGGAGCAGAACAUCAGAGGAGCUGGUGUUGGGAGUUGUGUAGUGUUCUGGCCCUUGAAUGGACAUGAAGAGCAUUUGUUGGCCAGGAAGGGCAAUGCCAUAUGCACCUUGCACUUCUGGGAUUCUGCACAGGCUUGGCUUCUGUGGCCCCCACCGAGGACAAGCUGGCAGGACUAGAAGAUAGGCUGGACCUGCCAUUUCUAAGUGUCCAGGGCAGCUUUUCUUACCUGUCCAUAAUCAUUCAGGCACCAUGUCGGGAAAUCCUAACUCUCACAUCUCUCAGCAUGUAGAUUUGCUGGAAUUACAACUCCCCUCUGCUGCCCUGUUAGUGGGGGAGCAGGAGGGUGGGGAGGGAGGAGCAGCACUUGAGUCUUCAGAUAACCAACUCUAAAGACCACUUCUAAUCUCAUCAAAACUCUGCCCAUGUGGUUUAGAGCUGACAGUUCUUGGGUCUGACCAUUUUUCCUCGUGCCAUUUAGAGGUUGGCAGUAGGAAAGGUAAGUGGAACCUUUUGUACCUCCUGGCCUGCACCAUUAUCUCCUCAUUGCUUGCUGCCUUCUCACACUGCAUAUUUUUGUAUGGGGCUGUAACUAUUAUAAUUUUGCUUUGUUUGUUUGUUUCUUUUUUUUCUUUUUUGUUUUGUUUCUCUUGUCACUUGAGACUGUACAAAGCCCAUCUGUUGAAGCUGAGUUUUUCUCUCCUGUUUGCAGGUAUUUUUAACCAUGCGGUGCCUUCUGCCUCCUCUCCUCAUCAAUUUGGAGCCAGUUUCAGCAGCAGUGCUGUCUCUAGCAGCACCGUGCUAAGCUUAAACCCUCUGCAGGCUGCUGCCAGCACCUCAUCCUCAUCCUUCCCACCCUCUUCCUCUAAUUUAGUA